AUGGCCAGUGUGCCUUCUCCAGGAUCCCGGGUCGCCAGACGGUACAAAAAGCCUGGUCGAUUGUUCGACACUCUUUUGACCCAGAGCACUCGAAUUGUUCCCAGUUCAUUUCGCAGUCCGAUGGAUGAGGAACAACCGCUCCAAGAAAAGAUUGCAUUUUUCAAUCAGCUGGAUGCCUUGGAUAAGCUUGACGAAGAGGAUGACCGAAUUGAUGCCAGGGAACAGCAGCACAGGGCCAAGUGCAAGGCCUUCUUCCAACCAGCAGUUCCUACAGUGAAAGAGAAGGGAAACCCUAUCAAUCCUCUUUCUUCACCUCGCCCACAUCCAGAACCAAGGCGGACAACGUCGGUGCUCACUCCAACCGCACCUACACCCGCUCCAGGAGGUUCGGCAGAAAUUAUCAAGGCAACCCCAGAAGCCACUACCAUUGACAGUACCACCUCCAGAACCAGGAGGCGCCUAAUUGCAGAUACUUCUACUUCAUUCAUUGCUGAAACACCAAUACCAGAUUCCACCCGUCCAAGAGUCCUAACAACAUUACGGAGGAGUAUCACCAUGCCAGUUUCAGCCUCUGCCUCUGCGGCUGAACAGUCGCCGUCAGCUACUACUGCUCUUCGAAAGCGCAAACGGUCAUCUUCUGGGAAAGUGAUCCCGGAAUCAGCUCAAAUAUUUCGUGGCUUGUCUUUCUUUUACAUCCCCAACGACGAUGUUGCACCAGCCAGGAAACUUCGGAUUGCCAAAGCCAAAGAUUAUGGGGCAGAAUGGGUUAGGAGUCUACACAAUGCGACACAUGUCAUUGUUGACAAGCACUUGUCAUACUCUGACAUUCAGAAGAUACCAGAGUUUGGGCUGGCCGCCUCUUUGAUCGUCGUCAAUGACGAGUAUCCUAUCGACAGUAUCUCGUUUCGGACACUACUAAACCCCGACCAGAGUCGAUACCGGGUCACAGGGUUCCCAUCACCAACUUCCGAAUCCACAGUCAUAACAAUAUCAUCCCGGGACUCUGAGCCUUCGCUUCAGGUCAAAGAACCCAAAAGCGCCGGGAGACAAAGCGCCAGGAAACAGGACACUGAGGGCUCAGAAGGAACACCACGACAGGAGGAUAGCUCGUUUGAGAACCCUCGCCCAACUAAAACCACUCAAGCUGGUCCGUUCGAAAUACAGAUUCAGUCAUCUGUUCCACCCCAUCCCACAGCUCAAACGACGGAUGGUCCCAAGGAUGAGCUGACGAGCUACAUCGAGCUCCUUCAGCAGUACAAGGACUUGCCGUUGGACCACGAAGAAGACGACGACAUACAAUCAACCAAGGACGCUCAGGAGGACUCGGAUCCCGAGCCGGGCUCCGAAGAUGAGCGCGCCCGCAAAAAGCCCGCAACACGCUCCCGCGCCUCUCUCAAAAAGACUAUUCCGUUCGAAGACCGCUUUGCCUGCAACCGUGGCGGCACGAAAGACAAUCCUGCCUCCUCCGCUGCCAACAACCCAAACGCCAGGACAAUAGAAGUUCUCCAAUCCAUGUGCGACUACUACACCAAAAUUAAUGAUCGCUGGCGUAUAACGGCCUACCGCAAAGCCAUCACCACACUCCGUCAGCAGACCACCAAGAAAAUCACCACCGCCGAGGAGGCCUACACUCUCCCCAACAUCGGCUCCCGAAUCGCCCGGAAAAUCGAGGAAAUCUGCACCACCAACAACCUUCGCAGGCUUCAAUAUGCGAACCUUGAACCGACGGACAAAGUCCUCGACCUCUUUCUCAAAAUUCACGACGUGGGACUCUCUAGAGCAAACAAGUGGAUAUCCCAAGGCCAUCGGACCUUGGAAGACCUCCUCACCAAAGCCGACCUGUCGGCCAACCAACGCAUCUCGAUCGAGCACUACUCGGACCUCACCUCCCGCAUCCCCCGCAGCGAAGUAACCCAGCUAGCGGCCUUUGUCCAGCGUGAAGCCUUCCUCGUCGACCCAGACGUGGAAUUACUCGUUGGCGGCUCGUACCGCCGUGGCUCGGACACGUCGGGCGACAUUGAUUUCAUCGUCACCAAACGCGGGACCACAUCCUGCUCGGAUCUUGUCCCGUUUAUGAACUCGCUUAUAUCUGUGCUGUAUAAGAAGAAUUUUUUGGUGGCGACGUUGUCGCAAUCGAGAAGGGAGGGGGAAGGGAGUAAGUUUUUGGGAUGCUGCAGGUUGCCUCCGGGGGGGAAGUGGAGGAGGAUUGAUUUGCUGCUUGUGCCCGAGACGGAGUAUGGAGCGGCGUUGAUUUAUUUUACGGGGAAUGAUAUUUUUAAUCGGAGCUUGAGGUUAUUGGCGGGUAAGAAGGGGAUGAGGUUAAAUCAGAGAGGGUUGUUUAGGGAUGUGAUGAGGGGGAGGGGGAGGGUGGGGGUUACGGAAGGGGAGUUGGUGGAGGGCAGGAGCGAGAGGAGGAUUUUUGAGGUUUUGGGGGUUAGGUGGAGGGAGCCUAGUGAGAGGUGGUGUUGA